AUGCCGUCUAAAGCUGGUCUUCAGUGCAUCUCAUGCCUGGUGUUCCUGGUCGUGUGUCUCCAGCCUGGAGUCCUCUGUGAAAGCCUCGUCUGUUACUUCUGUCCUCUGACGUCACGCAACAGAACCUGUAAGCACGUGCUGUCCGAGUGCGCGCCGCGGGAGCUGUGCUUCACUGCGCGUGGCCGCUUCGGGGGCGCGACCCUGCUCUUCUCCAAGGGCUGUGCGAGCCCGAGCGACUGCGCGCGACCGAAAACAUCUGUGUUCCGCGGGAACAACGUCACCUUCGCGUACUCGUGCUGUGGUUCACGCUACUGUAACUCGGGCCCGCGCAUUGCGCGCGACCCGGCUCUGCUCGCAGUGACUGCUAUCGCUUGCUCAGUUUCUCAUGCUCUCUCCUCAGUCUCUGGACGCAAACGAGGCUCAUUUCUACAGUUUGCUGGAUUUAUGUCCUUGUGA